AUGGGAAAUAAAGCUUCGAAUGCGACAUCAGAUUCUCCCGGUAAAAAGGAAAAAAAAGGUGUUUUUAAUCAACAGUGGUUGAAUGAUGCCCAGUUCAAAUUAUUUCUACGAGAAUACAAACCGGAUCGAAUGAAGGCUCACUGUAUAGUCUGCAAUGAACAAUUUUCGAUUCAUCAUGGUGGCAAGAAUGACGUUGAUCGACAUAUGAAAUUGAAAUUUUGUGAAAUACAUGCGCACCAUUUGUGA